UCGACUCGCGAGUUCCACAUGGGUCCACCGUAGAUGUUCUGUGGGUCCACUGGCUUAGUCACGUUUUUUCGCGUUCUUUACUGGCGUGGCGGGCACUGCCGGUUCAUGUAAUCAUUACCGUUUGUGUUCUCACACGCAGAAUCUUGAGUAACAUUUAGGAGCGCUUCGCUUAUCGUUGCGUGCGCACUGUUACAGUGGGAUUCACUCCGGACGUCCAGAAAGCGAAGCGCUUGGGGCCAACAUUAAGCCUACGAGCGGUGGAUACCAUCGGCGUCAACUGACCACGUUGAAGUAUUUAUAGUUUUAAUUUAACGAUGGCUUCUACUGGGUAUAACUUGGAGGAAUCCAACGCUGAUAGGAAUGUAGAAAUCUGGAAGAUCAAGAAACUGAUCAAGAGCUUGGAGGCCGCGCGGGGCAAUGGCACGAGUAUGAUCUCAUUGAUCAUCCCACCGAAGGACCAGAUCUCCAGAGUGUCGAAAAUGUUGGCCGAUGAGUUCGGAACGGCUUCCAACAUCAAGAGCCGGGUGAACCGGCUGUCAGUUCUCGGCGCUAUCACGUCUGUACAGCACCGGCUCAAGCUCUACACGAAAGUGCCGCCCAAUGGAUUGGUCAUCUACUGCGGUACGAUUGUAACCGAGGAGGGCAAAGAGAAAAAGGUUAACAUCGACUUCGAGCCGUUCAAGCCAAUUAACACGUCACUGUAUCUGUGCGAUAAUAAAUUUCACACAGAGGCCCUGUCUGCAUUGCUUGCGGAUGAUAACAAGUUCGGCUUCAUUGUGAUGGAUGGCAACGGAGCCCUGUUUGGGACCCUUCAAGGCAACACGCGAGAAGUGCUGCACAAGUUCACGGUAGAUUUGCCGAAAAAGCACGGACGUGGAGGUCAGUCUGCUCUGCGAUUUGCUCGACUACGUAUGGAAAAGAGGCAUAACUACGUGCGCAAAGUAGCCGAAGUGGCCACAACGCUUUACAUAAGCAAUGAUAGACCAAACAUUGCCGGCCUCAUUUUGGCUGGUUCUGCCGACUUUAAGACUGAGUUAAGCCAAUCGGAUAUGUUUGACCCUAGAUUGCAGGUCAAGGUGCUCAAGCUUGUUGACGUGUCUUACGGUGGCGAAAAUGGCUUCAACCAGGCCAUUGAGCUGUCGGCUGAAGUGCUGUCUAAUGUGAAAUUCAUUCAGGAGAAAAAACUUAUUGGCCGAUACUUCGAUGAAAUCUCUCAGGACACUGGCAAGUAUUGUUUUGGUGUAGAAGACACACUGAAAGCACUUGAGAUGGGCUCUGUUGAGAUCCUGAUUGCAUGGGAAAAUCUUGACAUUGUGCGCUAUGUGCUUAAGAACCACACAAGUGAUGAAGAGAAGAUACUGCACCUGACCCCCGAGCAAGAGAAAGACAAGACCCAUUUCCUGGAUCGAGAAACUGGUGUGGAGCUGGAGCUUGUAGAGUCAAUGGCACUGCUAGAAUGGCUGGCAAAUAACUACAAGAAUUUUGGUGCCACACUAGAGAUCAUCACAGACAAGUCUCAGGAGGGCUCACAGUUUGUCAAGGGUUUCGGUGGCAUAGGAGGCAUCUUGCGCUACCGUGUGGACUUCCAGUCUCUCGAGGUGAAUGACCUUGUAGACGACUUUGAUUUAGAUGACCUGUAAACGCCCAUUAGCAGCUCCUUUUGCUCUGUGGUUUGUCGCUGCGGUGCACUGGGAGCUUCCCAUUGUUAACAACGCACACAUGGCUAACCGCCUGGCCUUCCGUCUGCCCGGGGUGUGCUGCACUGUGGGCCACAAGCGUGAGCAACAUUGCAGAAGACAACUCUUGCUACUUUGUCCUUCCCAAUUUCUUGUGGCCAGACAGCAUGCCCUUCCCUUCAUUUGAAGACUGUUUGUGAUGGGAGAUGAUUCCUAGAUGAAUUGCUAUCGAAGCAGAGCUGCCUCUGCUGCCUUUCCUGCACAAGUUGACAACUUUUUUUUGUCACUUUAAAGUGUAGUUGUGGGUCUGGGAUGAACAAGAUAUGUGCCUUUUGGCAGUGAGGCAAGCGGUAAAAUGAAAUGCCCAUGCCAGAAACUUUAUUAGAAUUUGUAUUUUUUACAAAUGGUUUGAAUGUGUACAAAUGGUUUUUUAAUGGUGUGUGGCUGUGUCUGUAAAAUGGUUCUAAGUUUCUCUAGGCUUGUGGCUGUGGUUAUUGCCAUUGUAUUCUUUAUAAGUCACCAAUUUUAUUGACAAGACCGUUGUUAGCAAGAAAGAGUUUCCAAGUAGACAGGGUAUGCACACACCUUGUAUGAUCCUGGGAGCUAUGCAAGAAUAUAGGCUACUGUCUGUUUUCUCUCAUUCUGGCAGCCUAAUUUGGUGCAGUGCUUGUUAAACAUGUUUGCCCUGCUUUUUUUUUUUUAUUGCCUCUUUAAGAGGUGGUGUUGGUAUGUGUGAAGUGGUGUGUAAAUAUAUCUAUGUGUAAGUUGGUUUAUAGGAAUUCCUUUGACCUACCGGGCUCUACUUGUAUUGUUCUGUGCGGGGGGCUGAAAUGAAUUGUAAGGAGGCAUCGACUACAAUGUGACAUCUGUGGUGCACGUAAAUACAAUACCCCCGCAUGAUGACACUAAAUUUUUGUUCAAUCAAAGCCAGGAAGGCUUAAGUAACAAGUUUUUUUCUUUUGAUGAUUGGCCUUUGUUAGAGGUAGUUGAAGACAAUUGAUGUACCUCGUCACUUUCAGUCAACAUUGUCCUGAGCACAUAGCUAUGAAGGCAUACAGAAGAAACAUUCUACACAUCUUCUGCAUGGCUUCAAUGCAUGUUCAGUAAAUUUUUUCUUUGUAUAUAUGGCUGGAUGAGAUAUCUUCGCAAUUUUGUAAAUCGCUGACGCAGGAGGAAAGUCGGUACCAGCACUAAUUUUUUCAUGCCAAGGAUCUAUUGAUUGCCCUGAUGCUUUGAGCCUGGUAGCGGUGCAAGAAGGCAGAAAAAUUAUUUGUUCAUUGUUGUAGGCACCAAAUUGUGAGGGGAGAUUUGUCUGCUCAGUGCAGUGCUACUCGUCCGUAUGAUGUGAAUGCAUAUUUAAUGGUGCCCAUAUUAAGUUGCUGCUGACCCGCAGGGCGCGGGUUCGAAUC